AUGAAGACCUGGACACCAACUCUUUCUAUUGCGGCGCUUCUGCUGCCCCUUGUGGCGGCCGAUUGUGAGAAGUUCGAAUUCAGGGGUCAAUUCGGUGGCGAUGGCUUUACCACGACACAUAACCAAAGCAUGCCAGUCUCUUCAUGGACGAACUGUACAGCGGAGCUUGCCAGUCGAAAUGGGAACAGUAACGGAGGCAGGAAUGGCACCUGCGAGUUCCACCGCUAUAACAUGGGCUUAGUAGUCCAUCCCGAAAUCCGCUUCAUCAACUUCGACUCGGAGACGUCAGAGCACAUAUUCGAACUCGUGAGAGAAAACGCAAACCCAACCGCGUCCAGCCUCACAGACUUCAACGCCACAAUAGUCAUGAACUACACAGCAGUCCACACUGACAUAGCCCUCGGCGACGCUGGGUACUAUGCCUUCACGCCUAACAUACGCUGUUUUGACGGCGUGCUCUCCGACUGUGACGACGACGAUGACGAUCCCGAGGAUAUCAAUGUGGGUAAACUAAUCCGUGCCUGCGGUCUAUCAUGGAUCAACGAAGACCAGUCCCGAUUAAGCACUGGCCACCAACUGUACUCUGGCGACGAGGGCUUCGUUCAGACAAGUAGCCCUGCCGAGAUCAGAGAGGAGCCGCAGCCUAGUUAUGAUAGCGUUGCUAACCAGGCCACUGUUAGCGAAGACAACAGUUCAGCCAGGAGUAGGGCUAGCAGUGCAACUCUACUUAUUGCGCUAAUAGGCUGCGCAUAUAAUUUCAUAUAA